AUGGAGGUAUCCUCUGAACUUUUCAGCAAAGUGUGUACCCCCUGGCAGAGGGUGCUGCUCACAGCCUCCCUCUUUACCUGCUGGCUUCUGUCCACCACUGCCAAGGUCACUAUCCAUUCACCGCUCCAAGUGGUUGAAGGACAAAACGUUUUUCUACGAGUUGACAAUCUUCCAGAGAAUCUUCUAGCUUUUGCCUGGUACAGAGGACUGACAAAUUGGAGGGUCGCAAUUGCACUGCAUUUAGUGGAGUAUAAUGCAAGUAUGACAAAGCCUGAGCACAGUGAUAGAGAGAUAUUGCACAGCAACGGGUCCCUGUGGAUCCAAAAUGUUACUCAAGAGGACACAGGAUAUUACACUUUUCAAACCAUAAGUAAACAUGGAAAACUGGUAUCAAAUACAUCCACAUUUUUUCAGGUGCGCUCCUCUCUUUUCACCUGUGGGCGUCCUCCCUUCCCUGCGAAGCUCACUAUUGAAUCAGUGCCGCCCAGCGUUGCUGAAGGGGGAAGCGUUCUUCUCCUUGUUCACAAUCUUCCAGAGUAUUCUCAAUUAUUUUUCUGGUACAAAGGCUUGACUUUGUUUAAUGAGGUUGAGAUUGCGGAAUACAGAAUCGCCAAGAAUUUAAGUGAUCCAGGCCCUGCCCACAGCGGUAGAGAGACAGUGUUCAGCAAUGGAUCCCUACUGCUCCAGAAUGUCACCUGGAAAGACACAGGAUUCUACACCAUACAAACUGUGAAUGGAUUUCAGGAAAUGGAAUUAGCACACAUUUACCUUCAGGUGGACAGUAAACUCUCCCCCUGCUGUGACCCUCUUGACUCUGCCCAACUCAGGAUUGAUCCAGUGACUCUGCAUGCUGCUGAAGGAGAAAGUGUUCUUCUCCAGGUCCAUAAUCUGCCAGAAGAUGUGCAAACCUUUUCCUGGUACAAAGGUGUGGAUAGCACUCCAUCCUUUACAAUUGUAGAAUACAGCAAGGCGAUGAAGUCCAUUUUCAGUGGCUACGCACACAGCAGAAGAGAGACAGGGUACAUUAAUGGAUCCCUGCUGCUCCAGGACGUGACUGAGAAAGACACUGGCUUCUACACACUAGUAACAAUAGACAAAUAUGUGAAAGUUGAAAUAGUGCAUGCACAAGUCACCGUCCACAAGCUUGUGACACAGCCUGUCAUGAGAGUCACAGACAGCACAGUUAGAGUACCGAGCUCAGUUGUCUUCACUUGUUUCUCAGACAACUCUGGGAUCUCCAUCCGUUGGCUCUUCAACAAUCAGAGUCUGCAGCUCACAGAGAGGAUGACCCUGUCCCCAUCAAAGUGCCAACUCAGGAUACAUACUGUGAGGAAGGAGGAUGCUGGAGAGUAUCAAUGUGAAGCCUUCAACCCAGUCAGCUCAAAGACCAGUCUCCCAGUCAGCCUGGCAGUGAUGAAUGAGUGA